AACAGUUGUAUUUCACCAGAAUACCAACCUUACCAAACAAAUCGCUUUAUAAACUUUUAUAAAAUGGCGACCUCGUGUGAAACAAAUACAUUGUCAUGUUCUGACAAUACUCAAGGAACAGAAGCAAGUUUAAAUCAUAAUUUUAAGACUGUUAUAUCGAAAAUGAUGAUGGAUUCGAUAGAGAAAAUAGACAAAAAAGUGAAAGAUGAUACAUUAGAAAAGAGUCUUAUCAGCAUAGAAAACUUAGUUCCUAGUGAAAUUGAUGGUGAAAAUUCUCAAGAAAAGAAAGAUUUGAAGCUAACGGAAGAUUUUGCUAUAUAUUUAAAGGAUUAUCAAAAUGAUUUUUCUGAUAAUGCAUGGGAAGUUAACAAUGCAACUGAUUUUGUAUUUAAAAGUUUAAGGAGGGUUAGAGAGACACAACAUUUCAAAAAUAUGAAUUUUAAACAUUAUAUAGCUGAUUUGGAUGAAGGAAUUUUCAUGUUUAUGACAUUAUUUAGAAUUGUAAUUUCAAUGCAUGAAAAAUUUUUGAAAACGAUUUCUGACUUGAAGGCGAGGCGUUGGAGAUCAGAUAUGUAUUCUCACAAAUUAAAUCAACUGUAUGAAGAAAUUAAAAGGAACAGAGAUAAUAUGCAAGCAAAACUUAAACCUCUAAUUGGAGAUUUAUUAUUUAUUGUGCAAUUUCCGAAACCGUUUCUUAAGGGACAAUGUAACGACAUAGUACUCAGAAUAUUAGGAGGCAAAAAAGCAAAAACGCAAUUCAAAGUGAAAGAAUUAGAUUGUAAAUUAAUAUUUUUCGGUAACAGCUGGAAAACUGAAUGUAGCAGUUCAAUGCAACUAAAAUAUUACAUUCUAAAUUCAUCGACACAAAUAACAAAUCUUUUAGAUUCAUUAAUUGUAGAUGACAAAUGUAUCAAAAGCCAGUUUUCAGUAGAGCCUUAUGAAGAAGAAAUUGGAAACUUUCAAUUGGAUAAAUCAUGGUUUCGCUAUCAUUUAAAGUUUACCGCAAAGAUAAAUAUAUUUGACGAAGAUUACGUUAUAGAAACCUUCUCUCCAAUGACAAACUUUGAAGAGGAAACCUCCGACAGUUUAGGAGCUUUAUUUUGGUAUGAAAACUUUUCUCUGAAAGAUUCUUUCAACGGAUUAUACGAUGUAAAAGAAACAGUUAAGGAGGAUCUAUUCUUAGAAUGUUUGGCGAAAUAUUUCUCUGACAGAACUCAGUUAAACUUAUUGGAAGAUCAUUUGCAAUAUCUUAAGUGUCAAUUUAAUGUGGUAAACCAAAAGAUUGAUCAAAGGCAAUUUUCAAAUGUAUGCAUACGUCAAAAAUUUAAGGUCUGGUACUGGUUUUUGUCUUGUAUAAAUACAAUACAACAUCCACAAGUCAAAUACUGUUGGGAGCGGAAGUUAAUUUACGGAUUUAUAUCAAAGGCGAAGGUUGAAAACUUAUUGAGAUUGAAGAAAGCUUGCAGAUCAGCUAUUAUACGAUUUUCUGAGACGUCAAUCACAGAGAAUCAUGCAUCAGAAUCAGAGUGUGGAAAUGCAUCUAAUCAUCCAUGUUGUAAUUUAGCACUGGCAGUAGCUUACAAACAGGCUAAUAAUGAAGUGAAAAUUGAGCACUGUACUGGCCCAGAUAUUUCAUAUUUGACAAACACGCCUUUACUCAAAUUUGUAGAACUCCUUUUUAAAGAGAGGAAAGGUGUUGACGAUUCAGUACCCUUACUUGUCCCCUUUCCCGAUCAUCAGCAUUUCGAUACAGGAGUUGAUAUAGGAGCGUAUGACUCGGACAAUGAGUAUGACGAUAAUCCAAAUAUGAGUCGCGGGAAUAUUCGAGACGCACCCCUCGAUUGCAAGGUAUAUGUAGGAGAUUUGCCGAAGGACGCGACAGAAAGAGAAUUAGAAGAAGCCUUCUCCUAUUAUGGAAAAUUACGUAAUGUAUGGGUAGCAAGGAAUCCGCCAGGUUUUGCCUUCGUCGAAUUUGAAGAUGCGCGAGACGCUGAGGAUGCUGUUCGAGAGCUGGACGGAUCGAGAAUAUGCGGGGUAAGAGCAAGGGUAGAACACUCUAAUGGUAAAAUUAGGCCAAAACCUUGGCUUAGGGAUGGGAGAGGACCUCCUAGAAGAAGAUAUGAUCCUUAUUAUGACAGAAGAGAAUCAAGAAGAAAUGAUAGGCGCAGCUUCGCAACCCCUUUCGUACACAUUUCGUAUACUUACUGUGUAGAUCGCGGUCGUAUGAAAGAAGAAGAAGCUAUUCGAGGAGCAGAAGUCGUUCCCGUGGUAGAAAAGAAAGCAGAUCAAGAUCCGGCUCAAGAAGACGAUCAUACAGCCGAUCUCACUCCCGUGAACGCACCCGAAGCCCAGAAAGAAGGGAACUUAGACGUAGCCGCUCUCCUAAUUAUGAAAGAAGUAGAUCUCGCUCUCCCGGAGCAGAUUAUGUUAGGGAGGGUUCAAAGCACCGAAGACAUUGAUUCUUCAGUAGAGAUUUGCAGCUUGAUCAUGGACCGAUUUUUGGUUUACGUUCCCAUAAAAGACUACGAAACAUACUAUAAAAAAAUUGGAGAACAGAUUCUUAAACUUGUAUCCCGUCUGCUGAAGUCAUCAGUUUCAAGUGCUAAAGAAGAAUUUUCUCAAAGUAAUGGAAAAGUAGAAGAAACUUUACAAAAAUUAACGUUUUGCUCAGACUUGGUUUCCAAUCAAAUAAGAUCAGCGGAUGGAUUAUCUAAAGCCAACGAAAAAUGCGAAUUUAGUUUUAAUUGUGAGUUUAAUGGAAAAAAUCAGUUUAAAUCCAUCAACGGAAGGAAAGUUAAUAAACGAGUUGGAGGAAGACUUUCUCAGAAUUUAAAAUGGCAUCUUGGCAAUUUCAAUGUUGGAAAUCUAUUGAAAGGCAUUAGUAAUGAUUUCUCUUUCCUAUUAGGCACGGCAAUUUCUGCACAAAAUUUUGCUACUGAAAGUGAUGCUGAAAAAAUGAAAAUGAAGAAAAAAAACUUUGUUGUGGUCUCAUUUUAUUCGCAAGUUAUUCAUAAAUUAUCAGCCUUAUAUAAUAAUCGAUUAGUUGAUUGCGGAACAAACAUUGCUAAAUUGAUUAUCAAUUACUACAGCCAAAAGAAGAAAAUUGAUGAAGAUUAUGGAGAGUCCUUUACGAAAGAAUUAAAAGAUCUUAAUGAUAAUUUUGAGAAUUUAAUUCAAGUUUUUUUCCCAGUUCAAACGUUUACAGACGAGCUUUGCCUCACUUCAAACUUUGAUGAUCUGUCCAUUGGUUUAUUAUCAAACCAAAUAGAUUUUACAGUUGAGAUAACCGCUAAUCUGCAAGCAUUUGUUGUUUCUUUGAACGAAGAGCAUUUUCCAUCAGUUGAACGUGCUCUUCUAAAGGGGUUACUAAACAAGAAUAUACAGGUUUCUCUCUUAUCUUCUAACAUUUGGGCGUGUCUUUUUCGCAUAGUCUCCAGCAAAAUUCAAAGUGAUCAUUUGCAACUAUGUAUAGAUCUCCUUUCUCAUGCACCUAUUAAUUGUCAUUGCCCAAGAUUUGUCAUUCUUGGUUGUCAUUUUACUCGGCUGUUUUCAAUUUUAUCAAACGAUGAACAGGCUGCUUUCAUACAAAAUCAUUCCAUUGAUAAGUUUCCGAAUCUAUGGAUAUUUUUACCUUUACACCAUCUUUCUGAAAAUACUUUUAUGAAACAUUUACAAGAUAUUUUAGAACGAUGCCUGAAAUUUUUUGAGAAGCUAAACGGGAAUAAUCAAUGCAAAAUUGAUGAUAUAAAGCAACUUUUUUGUACAAUUAAUAUCACUGUAAACAUACUACAAGAGUGGAUGAAUACUGAGUAUAAGUGUUCUGGGAAUGUUGGAGAAAAAUUAUCUAAGCUCUGCGAACAAAUCGAUUUGUUCUGUGGUAAAAAUUCUCUCGAAUCGUCUUAUAUCUUAGAGUUAUGCUAUAUCAAUGCCAUACUUCUUUCGGCUCAUAUACCACAUAUCUAUUGGAAAAAUAGAUCAAUGUUUAACGAUUCAGAUCCUCUUGUAAGCACACCUAGUUUGCUUGAUUUUUUCAGAUUCUCAAGGGUUUUUAAAUAUGAUGAUGUCCUUAAAAACUCAGUUCGAAAAGAUACUCGAGUUCAAAGAGAACUCUGCGAUAGCUUUAAGAGCGUAAUUGAAUUGGUUUAUUCACAGCACGACAAUAUGAAGAAAGAAUUGUCUCCAAAGGCGUUCCAAUCUGCCAAAGAUGUUCUUGAUAACUGUUGUCCAGAUAAAACCUAUAAUCUACCGGAAUUGAAUGAUAAGGUAUCGUACUAA